ACACAUUUAAUUCAUGGCAAGUGAAAUAUAAACGGAGCCACAUCUUACACUCAAAAUGUUCCAAUGACGAGCAUUGUGGUGAUGAUGCCUCAGAAUGUUGUUUGUUCUGCCUGUACAAUCAGAUUCUUGAGGUGCCACAUUUGCCCGAUAUGGUGUUUGCCAACAAUUCGUUACAACUGAUGCAUACCAGUGGCUGUAAUAUUGAGUUUAAUGCUCUGGAUGCAUUGAAGCGUGUUUGCAAUGGAAAAUUAGGUCUAAAAAUAGCAUGUGCGGAUGCCUGGAAAGAAUCACGGAUGGAGUCAGGUCAUAUGGAUGAGGUGAAACCAUUUGACUGGACAUUUACAACAGACUAUAAGGGUACCCUGACUGGAGGCUUUGCAGUAACACCAACAGAUUCUAGAAUAGAUGUAGAAAAACUACGCCAAAGAGAAAAGAUCCUUUUCUACCACGAUCUCUUACUGUUUGAAGAUGAGCUGCACGACAAUGGCACAGCCGUGUGCUCCGUUAAGAUUAGGGUAAUGCCUAGCAGUUUCUUUAUUCUGCUAAGGUACUUCCUUCGAAUUGACAGUGUGAUGUUAAGGAUGAAUGACACUCGCUAUUACCACGAGUUUGGCUCAGACUUCAUUCUACGAGAAUAUACGUCCAGAGAAGCAAAGGCACAAGAUCUAAGUAUUCCUCCAUCAAGGUUGGUUGAUCCAAGUGAAAUUGCUCGGUUCUUGCCGCUUGUCACUUCUUGUUACGAAAAACUGAUACUUCCAAGCACCAAGUUGCAGCCAGAUGACACAACUGCAGUAAAAUGAAUCUGAAUAUGCUAUUUUCUUUUUAUUGUAAAAAUGUUAGAGGUUAACAUAUCUUGUUUCAAGGUUAGAUGAAACAAAGUGCUUGACAGAAUGAGAUGUGCUGUGGAGACACACAGACAACAGACAUAUUUAAACAUUCUUCACUGACCGAAAGGCUUGUCAGCAUUUUAAACAGUGACUGUUUUGAUCAAGGUUGGUGUUACUGAACUAGUAGCUUUUGGAUCUAUAAAUUUGUUGGAUUUACGAGUUACAUUAACAUUUUUGGAGAUUACAUGUAGUAGUUAUUCUGAGAUUUUCUGAUUCAGGGACUUUUAAAACUUUUCUUGGAAACUGCCUGUGUCUAAUUGUGUGGCAAGAAAUAAAUAUUUACAAAUGCAAUUAUUAUUAGAAUUACCUAAGAUUCACAGCAGGAUAUAGUUUGUUAUGUCAUAGACUAGCAGUUUUCCCACAAUGUUACUGUGGGGAUCAUAAAUGUUUACAUUUCUUAAAACCUUGCAUACCAUGUAUCAAAUUUCUAUAUAUAAAAAAACAUACACAAA